AUGAAUAGGAUACGUAAAUACCAUGCUAAGUUUGUUCAGAGUCAUGGGCAGAAGCCUUCACUAACAUUCACAACUUCUCCGCUUAUCUCUAAGGCGCUAUACCAAUUUUACCCCGUAUUAAUCAUUUUUGAUUCUACUUUGAAUAACAUUAUGUGGAUGCAAGAAGAUACCUGUAUGGGAUUCAUUUAUUUGACUUUGAUAUGCUUUAGUGCUCAUAUGCUUAAGCCAAGUGUUGACCGUUCGCAGUUGUUUUAUAGUUGGAUGUCGUUUCUAAGCCUUGGAUUUCUAGGAUUAUCUGUCAUAUACUACAUUCACAGUACUCUCAGCGAUAUGCAAGAAGAUGAGGCGCCUACCGUUGAUGAUAUUAUUAUCGUUCUCGAGUCAGUUUUGGAUAAAUUGGAUAGGAUUAGAAUUGAGGUAGUCGGGUGCGGGUUACGGAAGAGGCUGGUCAGCACUACAUGGGCGACACUGAAGCUGAUUGUAAUGUUGACACCAAUUCACUGGAUUUGUAUGCAAUUCUUCUCGCCAAUGGAGUGCUUUAUGUGGUUUCUUGCUUUAUUGUUCACUUACCACUCGACUUGGUUCCAAUGUACUCUCAGGCUGUGUUGGAGAAGCUUGCCUGUCAGAAAUGCCUAUUAUAAAAUUUGGAGGAUGGAGUUUGGUCGUAGAUACAAGGGUAACAUGCCAUUAACUUAUAGAGUUAUCAGUAAUGAAGAAGUUGUGCCUUUCCCAAAGUCUCUUAGAGGAUUAACGGGAGCGCCAUUACAACUACAACUGCAGAACCUAUUGUUAUCGGAAUCCAGCGCUGAUAAAGAUUCCGGCUCUGGCGAUUGUAGCGAUGAGUACGUUAAGGUAAAGAUAGUUGAAUUCUGUAUCGAUGAAAAUGAGAGAAAAUGGCCAAAGGAAGGCUGGUCCCACCAUCUUUUGCCAUAUGAGCGCCAAAGAUAUUCCAUGUCGUUCGACCCCUUAUGUCGGAGUUCGCAAUCCCCUUGGAGAUUUCAAGAGGAUAUAUCAAGAGACUGGUGGUGGAUAGACGAUACGUGGGUACAUUCCGCAUGGCAAUAUUGUGAUUCCGAAUGGAACUAUCUAGGCGGGAAAGACUCUAUUGGUUGCUAUACCAGAUGUAGAAUGUGGAAACGUAAGGCCUUUAGAAUAAAAGAUUAA